AUGUGCCACCGCUCACCGGGCGCCGCCGGAGACCCGCGAGCCGCCCCGGCCACCCGAGGGGGCUACUCCUCACUGCAGCGUGACACCCUCUGCUUUGUGUCGCCCUUUCACUAUGUGUUCGCCUCGCGCUCGCUCCUGGUGCUGGGCCUGGUCCCCGGGUCUCCGCUGUCCUCCCUCAGCCAGGACGACGCCUGCCCCACGCUCCAGGUGUACGAGGACACCACCAGCCACAUCUUCCGCGUGCGGACCAACUACAAUCAGGCCCUGCAAUUCGGGUGUCUCGCCCCGCCGGAGGCCUACUCCGAGGCAUGCCCCACGCGGGCGGCCCUGGCACGUCCAGCCGGGCCUGGCGUCCCGGACGCCGACCCGGCCGACCCGGCCGACCCGGCCACCGGGGCCAUGGCUGCGCGUUACCCCCUGCGCGCGGUCAUGGGCGGCGUCGACAUCAGCCCCGGGCCGUAUGAUGUCCGCGUGGCUUACCUGAACAAUUGCGGCCAGCUGUUCAUCCGGAACCUGACGACCCCAGGGUUCUCCCCGCGCCGUCUGUCGCACGCGCGCAUCGCCGACUUCCAAUGGCACCCGGUGCACCCCCACCUGCUGGUGGUCCUCUACACCACGCCCAACCUCAUGCUCUGCGUGUAUGACACCAGCCUGCCGGAUGUGGCGCCCCCGGGCAAGGCCCCGGCCGCGGCCCCCAUCUCAUAUGUCAUCGCCCCGGGGGACCACUCCGAUGUGAGCUUCGUCGGCUUCCGCCUGGACAUCCGCCACCGCCUGCUGUUGGCCACCUCGGAUGGGGUCCUCUACAUCCUGAACGGCCUCAGCAUCAGCCGGUCCGGCAAGUUCGACCCGGAGGCCGUGGUCAAGCAGAAGAUCCGCGUCGGCGGGGGUGGCGGUACCGCCGCCAGCUCCGACAACAUUGUGGACUUUGCCAUCGGCCCGGCCGCCCCGGGGCGCGCGUCCUCCGGCCCGGGGCUCGUCUUUGUGGCCACCUCCACGGAGAUCGUGGUGCUGGAUUGCGCCCUGCAGCAGAUCGUUGGUUCUUUCAUCCCCAGCCAAGGCAGUGCCACCAUCAGCGCCAUCAGCCUGGUCCCUCCCUGGGCGUCGGCACUGUUGCCCGCGGCCACGGUCCCGGCCCCCGGUGACCGGACCCCCUACUGGGACUGCCCGGCGGUCUUUGUCCACUCGUCCGGCGGGCAGUUUGGCCUCUAUCUACCGGCCCUGCUGCCGGCCGGGCCCGGGGACGAGGUUGACAUUGGGUUUGCCCUGGGCGGGCACCACAGCCCGGAGGGGGCCGACCCGCUGGUGCACAUUUCGGCCCUGUCCACGCAUUGGGAUGUCCCGGCCCUGGAUCGGUAUUAUGAGGCGUCCUUCCGGCCGGCGCAGCGCCCGGCCGGGGCCGGGGCCGGGGCUGGGGCCGGCAGUUCCGACCCCCCGGGCCGCGGUCAGAACAGCCUGGGCCGGGUGUUCAUGAUGAAGCUGGCCGCGCAGGCCCCGGGGGAUUCCUGGCCGCCCGGGCGGUGGCCCGGGCGACCGGCCGGACCGGCGACCAGUCAGCUGGAAUUGGACAUCCUGGCCGAGCAGGCCCCGGUCUUGGGCCACAUCACCUGCCUGUCGGCCCCGCCGCCGGAGCUGGGCCCGGUGGUCGGGGCCACGGUGGCCGUCGGCAGUGUGCGCGGCCUGGUGCAGCUGCUGAACAUCCGGGCCGAGGUGCCGGCCGUGGCCGUGCGCCCGGCCGUCACCGGGACCUCGAUCCUGCGCACGUACCGGGUCCUGGCCCGGCAGCAGGCGCACAGCAGCAGCACCACCGUCCGGGGGAUUCUCUGGGUCAGCCGGACGACGCUCCUGGUGUGGGGCGGUCCGCCGACCGUGCCCCCGGGGGCCAGCCCCUCCCUGCAUGUGGAUGAUCUGGCCUCCGACACGAUCAACAACGAGGUGGUCCUGCUGGACUUGACCAGCGGCCGGACUCGCGCGCUGGCCCUCUCGUCGCACCUGGACCCGCUGGUCCCGCUGGACGCGCGCCGGGUCAACAUUGCUUCGGUCCGACUCUCGCCCUCUGGGCGCUUCAUCGUCAUCAUCUACCGGUCCGGCGGCAUGUCAGUAUUUUCCUCCACCACACUGGCGCCCUUGAAGGUGAACUACCUGUACGCCGGGUUCCCGGGGUUCCACGCGCCGCUGAGCGUCUCCAACCUCAGCUUCAUGCCGAUUGGCAGCGGCCCGGUCGGGCCGCCGAACACCGAGAAGGACUACUUCGCCGUGUACUCCCAGCGCCCGACCAUCGAGAUUGCCUUCUGCUCGCUGUCCUUCGGGCCGGGGUCGACAGGCGAUCCGACCGGGGUCGGGGCUAAUCCAGGGUCCGAAAGCGGGGCGGCUGCCGGAGUCGGCCCCGGGGCCGGGGCCGGGGCCGGGUCUGGUCCCGGCUCCGGCCCGGGCGUUGGCCCCACCCGGCCGGCCCCCUCGAACCAGGUAUUCGUGGAGAUCCACCUGAAGAUCCCCACCACCAACCGGGUGUCCUCCACCAUUGCCUGGUGCAAUGAGGGGCUGCUGCUCGGGGCCGAGGAUGGCAAAAUCCGCCUCGUGUCGCCGUUGCAUCGGAUCGUGGAGCUCUUCCGCCGGUCCGGCGAUCAGACCGGCCUUCUGGCUUCCGGCGGGGGGGCCUCCCUGCCGGGGGAGUGGCCCGGGGCCGGGGCGGCGGACCAGCCCCCCGGCGGCGGGCCCGGCACGGCCGCCACAGUGGCAUCGCCAUUGGCACCGGCAUCGGCAGCAGCCGCAGCCAUGGCCGUGGCAGCCACGGCGGCUGGCGGCGGGCCCGGGCCAGCGGGUGCUCUCCCCGCAGCCGGCCCGGCCGGCCUCGGCGCAAUGUCACCGGGCUCGGGGGCCGGGUCCAUCCGGCGCCGGCCUUCCCGACCGGGCGGGUCACCGGUGACGGUGAUUCCGGGCGGCGGCGGGGCUCCCCCGGUGCCGGCGUCGCCGGGCGGGGCGGUGGCCGGCACCCCGCCCCCGACCCCCGGGGUGGGUCUCGCUUCGUCCACGGUGCCGGCGGCCCUGCUGGACCCGACGGACUUGAGCCCGCAAAUUUCGGUCCUCACCUCGCAGGACUUCUUUUACGGCCCCUUGCGAUCGAUCAUCCCCCUGCCCAGCUCCAAGCAGCAGAUCACCCUGCUGCUGCACUUUGACCGGCAGUCCGGCAUUUGGACAUGGCCCGCGUCGCCGAGUUGGCUGCCGGAGCGCUCCGGCCGUUGCCUCGGCGUCUUCCAGGACCCGGGUCUCGGGCCCCAGGUCAAGCUGAAGCGGCACACGACCAGCAACAAGCACUGGUCCAUGCCGCACUACCCCAGCCUGCUGACCAACCUGUCGCCCAGCAUGCAGGCCAUCUUCCCCCAUGGCACGGUCCUCGGCCAUGCCUUCACCAGCAUUGCUCGGGCCAUGGUGGCCGGGGGGGCCGCGGCUCCGGGGCGGUCGUCCCCACCGGGCACCGGGUCCGGCCCCGGCAGCGCUGCCUCUUCGGCCCCGGGGUCCGGCUCCGCCAGUGCCGCCUCCUCGGUGUCGGGAUCGGGGUCCAUGUCGGGGUCCAUGUCGGGGUCCAUGUCGGGGCCGGGGUCGGUGGCGGGCUCGGCCGGCUCGGUGCAGCAGCUGGUGGCCUAUGCCACCAUGGGCCCGGCCCUGGCCGAAGGGGGAACUCCCCCUGGGGACGCUGGCAGCCAGCCCGGCUCGCACCCCGGUUCGCACCCCGGUUCGCACCCCGGCUCGCACCCCGGCUCGCACCCCGGCUCGCACCCCGGCUCGCGCCCCGGCUCACAUCCCGGCUCGCCCGUCACCAGCUCCUUAUCUCCUCAGUCGCCGGAGUUCCUGUCCUUGUCUCCGGGCGGAGCCGGCAUGUCAACGUCCCCAGCCGGCCCGAGUGGCCAGGAUGCCCCGGAUGCGGUGUCGGGCAUGGCCCCGACGCUGGCCGUGCCCUCGGCCCCCCCCGGCCGGCCGCAUCACCUCUACCUGUGCCCCCCACCAUGUGUCUGCUGUCAGUGUCAGCUAUUGCUUCUGCGACCGGACCUGGCGGCUCGCGGGGUGCCGCUCCCGCGGCGGGGCUACUGCUGUCGACUGGCCUUCUCCUGCAAUCUGCCCUUCCUGGGGCUGACGCCGCCGGUGACGCGCCAGCGCAUGGCCUCGGCCAGCGAGCAAGAUGGCCGCCUGGACAUCGAGCCCGAGCGCGAGCCGACCGUCAUGCACAUGGCCCACUCGCGCCGGCGGCUGAUCUGCGUGAUGUCUGACGGGUCCAUCCGCAUCUUUCACAACUGGGAGCGCUGA